AUCUUCUUCUUCCCCUUUGUUUUUCCUACCAACUGUUCAGCGGAGGAAUAAUAGUAGAAGCGAAAAGUGCAAUCAUACGCUAAGCAGCAAUAGCUACUGCUUAAGCUAUUGUAUAUUAAUUAAAAACAAAGCGCCGUAACUAUCACCAUCAUCAGCGUACGAAGCAAAAACAAACGGCGAGACAACAACGACAUGUAGUUGUGUUUUUUCUGUUCUUGCUGCAUCAGCUGUAUGACGAGAAGGCGACGACAACGUAUUUAUUUCUAGAAAUGAACAAGCGCAAAUAGAGCAAAGCCAGCCAAUAGUUUAGAAAUAGCUGCCGCGGAACAAAUCAACACACUAACCAAGAUCAACACACUGCUAAUCGCCCAUUCCAGCUGUUGUAGUGUAUUGUAUGGCGUAGCAGGCGAAUCGCAACAACAAAGACGAAAGUUGCAAAAGUGCGUGCGCCACGUCAGUAUAGGCGAACGAUCGUAAGAGGGGAGAGGGGGAACGCUCGCACCGUCGGUAUGUUUAACAACUUUAAGAACCGAUUCAUAUCGGCAAUUGCGCCAGACUUGCCGCCUUUGCCAAGCAGCGAACGCGAGCAUCAGCGAGGCAAUCUUCGCCUGGGUAACCAGCAAAUGCAAGACAAGUUCCCAUACGCACGCCCGCCGUUCCUCCAGCUGCUAACCGUCGACGAGCUGCGCGCGUCGGCCGACCACAAUGUGCGGCCCAUCAUCGUGCCGCGCGACAUAAAUUUACUGCCGUGGGGCACGGGCUAUGCAGAAUGCGUCAAUUCUGGCAAGUCCGAGUGGAAUGAGGACCAGGGCGCCUUCUGUCGACAGGUGCUCUCGGAUCCGGAACACAAGCAUCCGGACCUGCCGUACACAUAUUUCGGCAUCUUUGAUGGCCAUGCUGGAUACGGUGCGGCCCUUGCCGCCUCACACCAGUUCCAUCACAUACUGCACGAGAAGCUGGUGGACUGCAUUGAGCUUUUAUUGCCUCGCGACUCGGACAAUGAGAAUGCGAAGGUGAAUCCGAGCUUUCCGCAUCCAAUUUACUUUCAGCGGCGUGUCAGCAAGGAUGAACUGAUAAUUGGCUCGUUGGAGGCAGCCUUUUUUCACAUGGACUCGUUAAUAGCGCAGGAUCGGGAUCGAUAUCGUGAUGCAGGUGGCUGCACCGCCUGCGUCUCGCUCUUUAUCGAUGGAAAAAUGUAUGUGGCCAAUGCGGGCGACAGUCGGGCCGUACUCUGCCAGCGACGCGUGCCGCCGCCCAAACCAGUACAGACGGGGCUAGAGGCUGUGAUUGAAACCGAUCCGUUGGAGGCGUGCACAUACCCAACGCCGUUCUCGGCCGAUCACACCCCAGAAACAGAGCGGGAACGUUUGCUGAAUGUGGCGCGCCUUAAGCCGCAUCUGAUGGGCAAGCAAUACGUGGCAAUGGAGUAUGCCAAACGGCCGCACAUCAAAGACAUGGGCCAACGAAUCCUGUGCCGGCCGGGCACAAUGAAGGGCUGGACAUAUAAGACGCUGACGCGCGAAGAUCUCCGCAUGCCGGUGGUCAAUGGUGAAGGCAAGCGCAGCCGGCUGCUGGGCACGCUGGGCGUGACGCGCGGCUUCGGCGACCACGAUCUACUGGCCAUUAACACUGGCAUACAGAUUAAACCAUUCCUUACGCCACAUCCCGAUGUAAAGCAGCGCAAUCUUACACAAGUGGUUAGCAUUCCAGAUGAACACAACGAGGAUGGCGACUAUGGCGUACUGGUCAUGGCUACUGACGGCCUGUGGGACGUGUCUGAAAAUGAGGCGGUGGCGCGCACUGUGUUUCAAACUCUUUCCAAAUACCCUAAAGAGAAACAUCGGUACACAAUGGUCGCACAGGAGUUAGUGGCACGUGCCCGUGGUAAAAUCAAUGACUCGGGCCACUGGCGACUAGCCGACAGCAAGGCGGCAGCCACCGUGGACGACAUCUCGGUGAUUGUGAUACCAGUCUAUCAGUAUUACAAGGAGCACAUAGAAUGGACGCAGAACUAUGCACGCAUACUGAAUGAGAGGCGGCGAAAAGCCGCCGAGGCCAACGAGGUGCAAGAGGCGGUCAAUGUGCUCAACGGCAUUGUCGCCGAGGAGGCGCAUGUGGUGGAAGAAGAAGAGGCUCAGGCGACAACUUCACAAGCGGACGUAGAAUCCCAAGUGGUGCUGACCAAUGUACUUUCCGAAAUUGAGGAUGAAGAUGAAGAUACGCUCGUGGUGGAAUUAAAUCCACAUGCGGACAUCGAGAACGCCCUGCCGCCGGUGGAGGCUCGCCUCGAGACGGUCAGGGAGACCCUAAAGCAUGUCGAGCUCGACGCUAGCAAUGCAUCAGAAACGCCCACAAGCUCACCCAUCAAAUCAAAGCCACAGCAACAACAACAGCAGCAACAAAGAAGUCGCAAAAGCAAAGGCAACAAACAUUAAGAAAACGAACAGUUAAGGAGUCGGAGUCGGUGUGCCCUCAAUGCAUACGCCACUAUAUACUAUAUAUACAUACAUAUACAUAUAUAUGUAUAUAUAUACAUAUACAUAUAUAUGUAUAUAUAUACAUACAUAUGUUUAGAAACAUGGCUAUAUUUUUUUAAACACAU